AUGGAAAAUAAAUGUGCAUCAAGCAAAACAAAUCCCUUAGCAAUUCAAGUUCCUCCAGGAACUGUCAUUGAAGGACGAUUCUUGCUUGAAACAAUUGCUAUGGGUCGGUACAGUACUGUAUUUCGAGUUGAAGAUAUUCUUGAUGAUCGACAAAAAUACUGUCUUAAAGCAGAAUAUGAUCGAGCAUCAAAAGUCAACUAUUUACAUCAAGAAAUUGCUGUACUACAUAAGCUAGCCGAACGUAAACACAUGGCAAGGCUAUUUUACUGCGAACGAUGUGACCCAUUUUCAUUCAUGUUAAUUACAUUAUUUGGCAAAAGUAUUUGGAUUCUGCGACAAAAUCUGCCUAAUCACUUGGUCUCACCGGGAUGCGCUGCUCGAAUAGCUGUGCAUACACUUUAUCAAAUUAAACAGAUACAUGAAAUUGGUUUUAUUCUGCGCGAUUUAAAAAUUGGGGAUAUGUUGGUUGGAUUACAUGGUAGAGCAACAAAAAUGGUAUUUUUGGUGGAUUUUGGAAUGUGUAGAACGUACAUUCGAAAAGAAAACGAUGGAACCGUAGCAAUUAGACCGCCACGUGAAAAGGCGUUUAUUCGUGGUGUACUUAGUCCUCAUAGCUUAGCAAGAUUUAAAAGCAUUGUUUAUCUAAGAUACUGUUCGCCAAGAGUGCACAAACGACUCGAUGUCUGUAGAGCGGAUGACUUGUGGUCACUUGUUUAUGUUCUGAUAGAUUUGACGGCUGGACUUCCAUGGCGACAAAUGAAACUAGAAGCAUCUGUAGCAGAACGGAAAGAAAAUAUAAGUAUGAGUGAAUUAUUUAAAAACUGUCCAGAAAAUUGGAUUCAAAUAAUGGAACACAUUCAGUCAUUAAGUUAUGAAUCACGUCCUGAUUACAAGUUUAUCUACGAUUGUCUGCAAGCUACACUUGUACAACUUCAAGUUUCUUAUUCAGAUCCGUGGGAUUGGGACCUUGUUGUGCGUUCAAUUUCAAAUUUUUACGCUAAUACUUUAAUUUUUUCAGGUGAGAAUGUCAUAUUAGAAGCAAAUUCAGUACAAGAAACUGAAGCAAUAUCACGAUCUCAUUCUGAUCGAACUGAUCAGGAAUUGCAAACUGAUCGAGAUGAAUGCAGUUUAAAUAUAGAUCAAUCAGAAGCAGAUAAGCAGAUUAAUGAUGCCUCACAAGUUAGGAAUCCAUUAAAGGAUAUUGUUAACAUAUUGCAAAAAUCGUCUUAUCGCGCAUCAAUAAUACAAAAUAAUUCAAAAUCUCCUACCGUACCAAUUCAAAAACAAAGUCGAAUCAUAGCAAGUGAAUAUGAUCCAGCAUUUCCAACUACAAAUCCGCAAGAAUUCGAAAACAAUGAUAUUGGAAUUUGA